CAACACUUUAUGGCACUUUGUGGUCAACGCCAACACUUUGUGGUUAACGCCAACACUUUGUGGUCAACACCAACACCUUGUGGUCAACACCAACACUAUUUGACACUUUGUGGUCAACACCAACACUAUGUGGCACUUUGUGGUCAACACCAACACCUUGUGGCACUUUGUGGUCAACACCAACACUUUGUGGCCAACACCAACACACAUGUGGCACUUUGUGGUCAACAUCAACACUAUGUGGCACUUUGUGGUCAACACCAACAC